ACAAAAUGCGGUGUUCUUAUUGGCUACUUCACGAUGUUUACUGCACCACAGCGCCAUCUUUGAAAAACAGAUAAAAGCGACGAAAAUGGCUGCAUUAUCCUUCCAAACCUAUAUUGACAAGGAGAACUCAAGUAGUCUUUCAUCAAGAAAGGCCAAUGGUCUGAGGAAAGGCCUAGGUGUGAAAUCAGGAAAGGGGCUAGAUGAGAACUUUGUGACCCCACGCAAAGCACUGGGCAACCUCAACAAAGAAAAUCAGGGACUCAAGACCUUUGGUCUGAAGCAGAACAGUGCAAACCCUCUGAAGCCUCUGAAACUUGCAGACAACACAAAUCUAGUCACCCCAAGGAAGGCCCUGGGAAACAUCAACAAAGACCCCAGGGCAGCAAGCAUCAAAACCCCAAGUCUAAAACCUUCUUUGAAUCAAGGCUCUGGUAAACCAGACAACUUCAAGAAACUGAGCAGUAAGCCAUCCAAUGAUCUUGGCCAAAAACCUAAAUCUGCAGCUCCCAAACUCAAGUUAGGAAAGCUUUUAGCACCGAUCAGUCAGCAGGUGGAGGAUAUAGAACACAUGUAUAUUCCACCUCCCAGUGACGCAGAGGACGAUUAUGAAGACAUCAUGCCGAAAGCAGACCGAAUCAGCACCUACAUCUCCAAACUGAUCAGCUGGAGGCCGCCAUGUUUUGGGGACUUCCCCUUCUCUGACGAAGAAGAGACACUGAGUGAGGAGGAGGUUUUGAGGAGGAGAGAGGACAUUGCUCAGAGACUUGGACAGAACCUUCCCAGCAACGACUUGGACUUGCAAGUAAUGGCAGACGAGGACUUCCUAGCUUUGGAGCCUCUAGAAGACGUUCCUUUGCCAUCAAUGGCCUCCAUAUCUGCCUGCGAUAGCUCGUUUCCUGGACUAGACGAUUCAGUUGACAUCGUAAGCAGCAUGGGCACUCUUCAGCUUUGUGAACUUUCACCUCUGCAGAAGACCUGACCAGUGAGAGAGAGCUGCUUGAUAACUUGAUACAGUGACAAUUUUCAGGAGUAGAUCAUUGAACAAGAGUCAAAGACUAGUUGUGUGUGUACUGAGGAAAAUAUCCUUUAUGUCUUAUCGUACCAAGUUUCAUUUUGUGUAGCAGUAGUCAAGAUAAGAAAUGGCAUGUAGUUUAUUUUAGAUUGCAUCGUCAUGAUCUUAUAAUUUGAUAUUGUAAAUACAGAGUCUG